AGAGGAUCACGGGAAUGUAAAAACCUCCAGAACCGCAAAUGAGCGCAAAUCAGCCCGCAGGUACCGACAGGAAUAAUCAGCUUCGGCGUCUCUGCGGCGCUCGGUGCGGAGGAAUCCCGGCGGACUGUCUCCAUGCAGAUGACCAGCGAUGGCCACGACGUCGGAGCCAGCAGAAGACUCAGUUGAUGAAGUGGUGAGCGAGCACAUCUUUAACCCUCUGGAGAGGAUCGUUCUGACCUUCUUCCUGGCGUCCAUAAUAAUCAUGACCGUCCUCGGAAACCUGCUGGUGAUGGUGGCGCUGUCGAAGGACAGACAGCUGAGGAAGAAGAAAACCAACUACUUCAUCGUGUCCCUGGCGUUCGCGGACCUGCUGGUGGCCGUGUUGGUGAUGCCGUUUGCGGCGAUAGAGCUCACCACCGGUCACUGGAGUUACGGAGAGACCUUCUGCCUGGUGCGGACCUCGCUGGACGUCCUGCUCACCACUGCGUCCAUCCUGCACCUGUGCUGCAUCGCCCUGGACAGGUACUACGCCAUCUGCUGCCAGCCGCUGGUCUACAGGAACAAGAUGACCCCGGUCCGAGUGUCCCUGAUGCUGGGGGGGUGCUGGGUGAUCCCCUCCUUCAUCUCCUUCCUGCCCAUCAUGCAGAACUGGAACGUGAUCGGCAUCGAGGACAUCAUAGAGGAGAGGAAAAUCACCCACGGCGUAAACAAGACGUCCUGCAUCUUCAUCGUGAACCGACCCUACGCCAUCAUCUGCUCGGCGGUGGCCUUCUACGUGCCGCUCGGCCUGAUGGUCCUGGCCUACCAGCGCAUCUACGUGACGGCCAUGGAGCACGCGCACCAGAUCAGGGCGCUGCGGCGGGCCGGCUCCACGCCCCUGUCCUCCUACUACGAGCACGAACACCCCGGCUCCAGCCGCAUGAAGGUCGAGACCAAGGCGGCCAAGACGCUGGCGGUCAUCAUGGGCUGCUUCUGCCUGUGCUGGGCACCGUUCUUCAUCACCAACGUGCUGGACCCGUUCAUCGCGUACAGCGUGCCCUGGCAGGUCUGGACCACGUGGCUGUGGCUGGGCUACAUAAACUCGGGGCUGAACCCGUUCCUGUACGCCUUCCUGAACCGCGCCUUUCGCCGGGCCUUCCUCAUGAUCCUCUGCUGCGGGGACGUGCGCUACGCCCGCCAGACCAGCUUCAGCCCCAGCAGGCACUGCACGGCAUCCGUGAACGGCACCUCCAUCGCGCUCAGGAGCACCUGUAUUGAGGUGCCCUCCCCAGCACUGCAGGAGAUCCUGGCACACAGGUUCAAUGGACACGCCCAUCACCCUAGAUUGUCGUUUCUUCCAGACAGAAGCUACAGUGAAAACGUUAAACGGAUCUUCAGCAGCGAGCUGGAAUCGCAGAACUCCGCUGGCGUCUUAUGAGACUAAACAAACCUCCGGAUGGUAGCGAGCUGUUACCAUGAACAAGCACCGGCUCAUAGGUGGACGACACGGCUCCUCCACAUGAGCCGUAUAUACCGUAACGCAGGGUUAUAACAGUAGUGGACCCGGCCUUAACGACAAACCCACAGUGGGUACAAUGACUCCUCUGGAAGAAACAUCAGCCGGACCUGGUUCAGGUCACGUAAAGGGUAAGCCAAACGCAACAGCAGGUAGAAAAUAAUUACCUCCAUGAAUGUGAGAGGAGCUGAAUACAGACAGGAACAAAAACACACGUCGGAGCACAAUGGAGUGGACGAGUGAAAGAGAGAAAGACAAAGCCCCAGCUGACCUUCUUAAACUUUUCAAGAGGACACAAGAAGCUCUGACCUCUCCAGCUCUCAUCUACAGAACUGACAUCCCUCUCCAUGGUGACACAGGGCAUCUCCACUGAUUACUGAUUUUAUUCAUUAGGACCUGACACAAGUACGUUUCUAACCUCCAGCAUUUCAGUAUAAUGAU